AUGUCUGCUGUUCAAGUUAUGUGCUGGAAUGCGCAGCAAAACAAAUAUGUACAAGUUGCACCUAAAUUGCCUAUAUAUGCCAUGCGUAAAAACGGAAGUCUUAUGAUCAUUAUCAUGGGACCACAGCAAAAACCAAUUACUUUCGUCGAAUGCAAGCAAAAUCUCGAUUGGCAAAUACAAAAUAAAGUUUAUUGCACAUUUUUAGAUCCACGAAAUAUCAGAUGGCUUGUUCUUUUCGGAACAGAAGCAGAAUCAAAUGUUUUUACAAUGAUUUCGAAAUUCGAAAAAUGUCGAAAUUCUCAAACUUCGAUUUGUAUUCAGAAUCCUCAAAGCCAACAACAAGUACCAUCAAAUCAUGAUAUAGUUUCACGAAUUUCAAUCUACGAUCUCUCAACUGCUACGAAUAAUAAACUAACUCAAGUUUUAGAUAGAGUUAGGAUCAGUAGAGAUAAAGCAGGAUCUUUACUUUCAUUAUUCUCAGGAUGUGGCGUUGGCGGAACUUACACAGCGAUGAUAAAUGAGAAUGUUUUCGCAAUUAUUGAAGUUUUAGGAACCGAAGAAGCUGUUACUGAACAGCAACCGGCUAAAAAGUCUAAUCCAUUCAGUAUGUUUCAAUCUGACUCAGAUUCAGGCGAAGGAGAAGAUUUAUUCAAUAAUUCUACUCAAAACAACGAAAAAAGCGAUGAAGAAGAAAACGAUAACGAAAAUGACGAUAAUUCUGAAGGAAAUACCAAACAAAAUUUUGGAUCAGAUAAUGAAGAAGAAUCCGAAAACGAAACAGAUAAUUAUGAACAGAAAAAUGAACAAAGCAUAGAUAAGAAUCAAAAUUCCUCCGAAGAAGAAGAAAAUUAUCAUCAUGAUCAAAAUCAAAAGAACAAACAGACAUUGAAUCUGUUUUCAGAAGAUGAUGAAGAAGAGGAAACAAAUUCCAAUUACAGAAAACAACAAAAUUCAGAGGAAGAUGAAAAUGAUCAAGAUAAUCGAGAAAAAUCUGAGGAAGAAGAGGAUAAAAGAAGAGAAAGAAGCGAAAACAGUGAUGAUCAACAAGAAGAAGAUAAUUCUGAUGAAAAACCAACGAGAAAUGUGUUUAAUGAAGAAGAAUCUGAUGAAAUUCAUCAACCAAAUGAUAAAACUGAGGAAGAAGAGAGAUCUGAUGAAAAUGAAGCCAAAAAGGAUGAAGAUGAUGAUGUAUCAAGAGACGACAUCUCAGAUGAACCUCCAAAUCAAGCUGAAUCUUCUUUCAUCAAAACAGAAAACCACAUUUCCAAACACGAAAUUCUCACUCCUCUAAAUGAGUCAGAACAGAGCGGAUACACUGACGAAGACCCAACUCUUUACCACCACCACGACACAUCACCUUUGGAAGAAGAAAUCUCUACAAUAAAAGAAGAACAAACAUCUGAUCACUUAGAAGAAAAUAAAGAAAUUCAUGAAGAGGAAGAAAAGAAAGAACUUCAUGAAGAAGAAGAAAAUAAAGAAAUUCAUGAAGAAGAAGAAAAUAAAGAACUUCAUGAAGAAGAAGAAAAUAAAGAACUUCAUGAAGAGGAAGAAAAGAAAGAAAUUCAUGAAGAAGAAGAAAAUAAAGAAAUUCAUGAAGAAGAAGAAAAUAAAGAACUUCAUGAAGAGGAAGAAAAGAAAGAAAUUCAACAACAACAAGAAGAAGAACAUAAUGAUCAAACAACUGAGCUUGCAGAAGAAAAGAACGAUGAAGUUUUAGAUAAAGAAUCUGAAAAAGAAGAAAUUCAUGAAGAAGAAAAGAAAGAAGAAGAUGAUACCACUUCAACAAAAGAAGAAAAAGAAGAACAUGAAGUUCAAAUCACUGCUGACAAAGAAAAUGAAGAAACAACUCAUAAUGAAGAAGAAAUUUUAGAGAAAGAAUCUGUUGAAGAAGAUCUCCAUCACGAAGAAGAAAAGAAAGAAGAAAUCUCAGUAAUUCAUGAAGAAAAAGAGAAUAAUGAAGAUAAGCAAACAGAUCAAAUUCAGGAAGAAGAACAACCACAUAAUGAACAAGAAGAAGAAAAGAAAGAAAUUAAUGAAGAAGACAAAGAAUUAAAUCAAAAAGAAAAUAUUUCUGAACAAGAAGAAGAAAAUAUUGAAACAGAAAAAGAACAGCAAAAUGAGGAAGAAAUUCACACUAAAGAAGAAUUAAAUGAAGUACAUCAUGAAGAAGAAGAUCAUAAUGAUCAAACAUCUGAACUUACAGAAUCUGAAAAAGAAGAAAUUCAUGAAGAGGAAACUAAAGAAGAACUCCUAGAGAAAGCAUCUGAAACAGAACAACUUCAUGAAGAAGAACAUAAUGACCAAUCAUCUGAACAUGAAGAAGAAAAGAAAGAAGAGAUUUUAGAUAAAGAAUCUGAAAAAGAAGAAAUUCAUGAAGAAGAAACUAAAGAAGAUUCUGAUCAUGAAGAAGAAAAGAAAGAACUCCAACAAGAAGAAGAACAUAAUGAACAAACCUCUGAUCAUGAGAAAGAAGAACAACCUCAUAUAGAAGAAGAGGAAAAGAAAGAAACAGUUAACAAUGAGAAAGAAAAUGAAGAAGUUGUUCAAUCUCAGGAAAUUAAACAGAAUGAAGAACCUCAAGAACAAACGAAAGAAAUCCAACAAUCUGAUUCACAUGAAGAAGAAGAAAAGAAAGAAGUUUCUCAAACUCAUGAUGAAAACCAGGAAAAUUCUAAAGAAGAAGAAGAUAAAAUUGAAGGAGAACAAGACAAAGAAGAAAUCCAACCAGAUGAAUCUCAUGAAGAACAAAAGAAUGAAGAGGAAGAAAAGAAGGAAUCAAAGGAAGAAGAAGAAGAAAAAAUAGAAGAAAUGGCAGUUUCAAGAGAAAUUGAAGUCGAAGAAGAAAAGUCCGAAACCGAAGAUGAAACAAGGAAGAGAAGAACUCCUGGACAAAUCAGAAGAAAAGUUGACCUUUAUGAAGAUCAAGUUCAUCAUGAAUCCGAUGAAAAGAAAGAUGAAAACGAAGCAGACAACAAACAAGAAGAAGGAAAUCUCAAUGAGAAAGUUGAUGAAAAAGUUAAAGAAACAAUUGCAAACGAACAAGACGAAGAGAAAUCAGAACAAGUAACUAAAGAAGAAGAAGAAGCUAAAUCUGAGCAAUCUCUUGAAGAAACUAAAACUGAAUCAACAGAAGAAGUUCAAGAAGAAGAGAAGAAACAAAUUGAAAAAGAAGAGAAAACCGAACAAGAAGAAACUAAAGAAGAAGAAGACAAGGAAGAAGUUAAAGAGGUUGAAGAGAAAACUGAUCAAGUUAAACAACAAGAAGUUCACGAAGAAAUUAAAUCUGAACAAUCACUUGAAGAAGCUAACGAAGAAUCAACAGAAGAAGUUCAAGAAGAACAGAAGAAAGAAGAUAAAGAUGUUGAAGAGAAAUCCGAACAAUCACUUGAAGAAACUAAAGUUCAAGAAGAAAUCAAAUCAGAGCAAUCUCUUGAAGAAACUAAAACUGAAUCAACAGAAGAAGUUCAAGAAGAAGAGAAGAAAGAAAAUCAAAACGAAAAAGAAGAUAAAUCUGAGAAAUCCACUGAAGACUCUAAAGAAAAAGAAAAUAAAGAAGAAAAAGUUAAAGAAGAGAAGAAAGGAGGCAGAGGAAAGAGGAAGAAGUCAGUUGUAGACAUCUUUUCCGGAGAAGUUUCAGAAGAAAAGAAGAAAAAGAAAGGAAAACAAAUUGAUUUGUUUGGCGAUGAUAACAAAGAAGAAGAAAAGCCAAAGAAGCCGAAGAGGAAACUAGAUCUAUUUGGUGAUGAAAGCAAAGAAGAAGAAAAAUCAAAGAAAUCAUCAAAAUCAAAGAAAUUGGAUUUGUUUGAUAAUGAAAAUGAAGAAAAAGUGACAACAAAAUCAAAGCGCAAAUUAGAUUUAUUUGGCGACCAAGAACAAGAAGGAUCAACAGCAGAUUUAACUCCAAAGAGUUCAAAAGGAAAAAGAAAAGGAAAGAAAGUUGAUUUGUUCGCAAAACCGAAGAAAAGCAAGUUGUCUCUAUUCGACAAUGAUGAUACAAACGAAGAUCUCUCAACAGACAUCUUAAAGAAGACAGUUGUGUCUCCAAUUCCGGAUGUCGAAAUUCAACUGGACAUGUCGAAGAUAAAGGACACAAGAAGAUACGUUAAGAAUUAUUCUGAAGCCAAGGAAGAGAUCAACAAGCGCUACGAACAUAUUAAAGCUUUAUUAAAUAAUAUAUCUGAGGCAAAAUCAUCUCAAAAGGAAAUGGAACCACUACUAUUCCCAGGAAAAGUCAUCUUAGAUAGCGUUAAGAGGCUUUGCGAGAUGAACAAAACAAAGGAUGAGGAACUUAAGCAGAAAACAAUUCUUGCUGAGUUCUUACAAGAUAGUGUUGACUCUACCUAUGAAGUUGAUAUCCUUAAGAAGCGUUUGGAUGCUCAACAAAAGGAAGUUGACGCUGAAUUGAAAUUUUAUAAUAUUGUUGAAGGUGAAUACAACGAACUAAGAGAUAUCGCUAAUUCCCUUGAUAAGGAAAUCAUUGAUAUCAAUCAGAAAUCCGAUAAGGACGUUGCAGAAGAGAAAUCUUCUUUCGAAAUUUCGAUUGGCCAAGAAUCCAUGACAGUUUUGGAGUCCCAGGCACCUCUUGAACAGAAACAAAAAGAGUUGGCCGCGGAAAGACUCCAAUUAGAGACGAAAUUGGCUCAAAUUACAAAAGAAAACGAACAAAUGGGCAAAAACGUCAAUUUGAAUGACUUCCAAGAGAUGAAGAUGAUUAGAAUGUCAAUGAAAAAGACUGUUUCUAGCGCUAUUAAGGCAAUUUGGGUAAAUGCCGAAGAUACUUUCAGUGUUUCAUUUAAUCCUUUAGCUGUGUUCAAGCCAAAGAUGAUUAUGAACGCAGUCAGAAAUGUCCUGCAACAGGAGGCUGAAGAAUUCUUAUAA